AUGCGGCUGGUUCUCGCCUUAUUCUCCAUCGUUGUUGUUGGCAUCGAAAACUCUUUUCAAAAGGUUUACAGUAACGCUGAGUAUCUUGAAGACAAAUGCACGGUACAAUCAACUGAUAAUUACCACACGAGAUUGGGUAUUGACCUCGUUAACAAAUUGCUUGUGAUAUAUCCGAUCUACAGGAAUUACUGCAGAGUACUUAAACACAAGUUCUGUGUCAUGGUUACUGUUAUAAAAGAAACCCAAAUUCGAUCAGAAUGCAGAAUUCCCUUUACCGAUGCUACAUCAACAAGGAAUACUAUUUAAACUUUAGAUCAUCUUCCACUGCAAACAUUUCACCUUUUAAUUAAGUCACUUGAAUUUUAAACCUACCAUACACACCUCGAGGAUGUUCAACAGCUUCACAAGGACAUGCAAUUUGCUCAUUAGUCUAGAGAAUGUUUUCCAGCCAAUAAACCUGUGUUAAUGACUUAGCUGCAUGAACCAAGAACCUCACAUAGAUCAGUGAAGAAAAACAUGCGAAGCACUAAGCCUACCCUGGGCGGAAUUUCGUCGAUUUGAGAUCUGUUGGAACCCUCACAAUUUUUCCCCAGGUACUAAUGUCUGCGUAAAUUGAAAAAAAUAUUACACCAGUAAGUUAGCUGUUACGAGUUACUGCUGUCUCUAAUAGCCUUUCAGCCCUUUACUAUUGACAUUUCAAUCCCCCAGCUCGUAAAUUUCAGGAGCAAUAUCUCAUAAUUCCUAAUUUACAUAUUUUUUUUCAGCCUGUAGAGCUGUUGUGAUAUGUCGUCCAAAGGAAAUGUCGAUAUCUCUUCCCAAGGCCUUGCUUGCCACAGUUGCCCGAGAGGACUUCGGCCUGCUGGACUCUAACUGCGCAGCAACAGAAAAUGCCACACACUUUGUUCUUACGACAUCUCUGAUUGGAUGCGGCACAUUUAAUCGACACACUGAAAGCGAUGUAAUAUACAGCAAUAAGGUUCGACAAGUGUAUUCUGAGACAGUGAUCAUAACACGGUCUCCAGAAAUUCAGAUUUCUUUCAGCUGCCAUUAUUCUAGACACGGCUUAGUGUCAACUGGUGCAAUCCGUGGUAAGGACACAGAAGACACUUUUGAACCUGAAGAUGAUCGUUGUUGGAAAAACAGUUAACAUUGGGUAGUAAAAGCAGCCUUUUUCAACCUUGGCUCCAAGUGGUUAGCUGCGCUGGGUUUCAAAUCUUGACGUCCCACCAAAUUUUCCUCUCUGCUUCCUAACCCUUUGCACCCUAAUAUCAGUAUCCAAAUUCUCCUUACUCAGGCUGUUCUUUAUACAUUUCCAAAGGUGCUGAGAAGAAUUGAGAAUUUGUUUAACAAUCAGGAGUUUUUAUAAUGGGUGAUUAUUUCCUUUACUCUCAUGGCCUUAAGGGGGCCGUCUAGUCAGAUUUUUGCGAAUUUUUGGUCAUUAAACGACUUUUUGGUGUUCGCUUUAAUGUGAGAUGAUUCUUCUUCAUUUUCUUCCUCUUCUUCGCUGACGAGAAUUUCAACGUCGGAAUUUGUUCCCCCUUCGUGCGCGGCCAAUUCAAAGAUCUCGAAUUCUCGAUCAACAUCUCGCAGCCUUCUCUGUCGCUCCCGUCGCCGAAUUUCAGCCACUUCUUCUAGAGAAAAGCCGGGAAAGAUGUCUUCUUCUUCAUCGGAAGAACGCUAAGGAACAUCAAAUCUGCCAGAAGCCAAUUAAAAAGCUAAACGCUAUUUUCAAAAAUUCGCUAAAAAUCACACACUGAACGCAGAAUGAUCACUCUCGAGCCCAGGGUUAUUUUGGCUCCUUAUCCGCGGUAUGGUCGCCAAAUAAUGACCUCUGAGAGAAUCGAAUUUUUAUCCCAAAAAUUGUGAGAUUCCGGUUUAAACUGCGCAUGUCAAAAUUUUUUUAGUUAUUGAUUUCUGCGCGUACUCAAAUAAGAGCGCACGGUCCGCUACGUCACCAGAAGAAGAGAAGAACUUAACUUACUUUUGUGUACGUAACUAAUCGAAAGUGUAAUUUAUAAACCAGAAGAAAAUACCGAUACUUUUUCCAGAUGGCUUCCGGUGCUUCUGGGAGUUUGGAAGUGAAAGAAAAAGGGAUAAGUGAUGGCCUUUUAUGCAGCUUUUACGCUGUUUUCAGUUCCCGCGCCGGGUAAAUCGAUUCCAAGCUAGUAAGUUAGUAAAGAUGGACUUUGAGCGAGCAGUUUCAUCUUCUUUAAGAGAAUCGGGCUGAGAGGAAAUAAAAAAAGAACAAAGGAAAACUCUGGAAGCGAUUGGUUUAGAUCUGAGAGAAGUCCCCCUGCUUCCACUCCUGAUUCAAAAGCUGCUGAUUGUACAGGUGACUGCACUUGAGCCGGGAUGACUAUGAAACAGAGAAAAACAGCGGUGUUUUGAAACGCUUAUAAAAACACCUAUUUCGUCGCCCUUGACAUACGUACACAACUUUCCUAACUUUUCCUUGAUCUACUUAACAAUGAAAAAAUGCCAAACAAGUUUCUUUUGAUACUGCUUUGGUAUUUUCCUGUUUAAUAAAUUAUCAUUUGACCCUUUGAGAUGUGCUUUGUUAUUAUUUCAAGUGAAAAUAAAAUUGUUUAACAACUAUUCUACUAUUUGCUUGUUCCAAAAUAAUUUUAGCAACCAAAAGUAAAAAAUUGUUACUUGAUGUGUUAAAUUUUGCGACAUUUUAAGACUGUUAUUUGAACCUGAGUGCACAGAAAACUUUGAGUUUGCUUUAGCUUCUUUGUUUUACAUGAUUCAGUUUGCUAAAUCAAGCUAGGGAUUGGUUGUUUUUUAUGAAGAGAAAAAAAAAACAAACAAAUAUAGAAGGUUCACAUUUUGCAAUUUUGUAAAUUUGAUGCAUAUCAUUUUGCUGUUGUUAUGUUUCAGCGUUAAAAUUAAUAUCGUUACUUCACUAAAAAGAAAGACAAAUUAAAAAUGAUAUUUUAGGUGAAGUCUUAUUUUUUAAAUAUUGCUUGUAAUUACUUAAAUGAUAGCCACCUUAUGAUUGGAGUGUUCAAUACCGAGGAUGACAGUCAUCACAUAACCAUAUAUCACACACACACGGGGAGCACUUGACUUCCAUCCUCUUGUACAACAGUAGACUCUUAGUGGCCAUGAAAUCAAGCAAGUCAGGAGCUCAACCUAUCUUUUCUUUGUAAAGCUGCUCCAACUGAAAUCUUCAAGGGAAGACUUGGUACUAUUCCUAGUUAUAUGUAAGACAUAAAAGCCAGCAGUUCCAGGUUUCUGUACACAUAGGCUUCUGCACUGUUCAUCAAUCUCCCCUAGAUACUGAGAUUUGGCACAAGCUUUGACACUUCAAGUAGGUCGCAACACAAUAAGUUUUUCUUUUGCAGCCGGAAGGCUUGUCUGCGAUGCAAUCCAUAGCAUAUAUGCUUCAUCCUUUUUCAAUUCAGUAUUUGCAUGUUCUGUCAACUGAAUAUACUGUUCCAACUGAAAUCUUCAAGGGAAGACUUGAUACUAUUCCUAGUUAUAUGUAAGACAUAAAAGCCAGCAGUUCCAGGUUUCUGUACACAUAUGCUUCUGCACUGUUCAUCAAUCUCCCCUAGAUACUGAGAUUUGGCACAAGCUUUGACACUUCAAGUAGGUCGCAACACAAUAAGUUUUGCUUUUGCAGCCGGAAGGCUUGUCUGCGAUGCAAUCCAUAGCAUAUAUGCUUCAUCCUUUUUCAAUUCAGUAUUUACAUGUUCUGUUAACUGAAUAUACUCCAUAUAUUGGUAAAUAUUGUCAUUUUGAAUGAAUUAAACUCUAAUGUUUUCUGAUCAUAGUAAAUUAGUAAAAAUAUAUUGACAUGGAAUUUUGAAUGAUAUACAUGUAUAUUACAAUUGUGAAAAAAAAAUGCUUAUCACAAGUCAGUUGUAAAUGUAGCAUCAUAUAAAACCUUCAUACUUAAGGACGUUUAAAUUAGUGUUAAAGAAUAGGUGAGAGAAAAAGAGAAUUGAAUGUGUUGCAAGAUUCAUUGAUAAAUAUGAAACGAUUACCUUUGUGUUUCCAUCAGAAGUGUCUGUGGAGUACCCGAGACGUGGAUAUAACGGAUUUUUUGAGUGGUUUACAUGCGGUAAAGCAGAUAGUGAAACCGUGGCCUGA